AUUUAAAGGAUCGACACAGUCACAUCAGUUUAGAGCACAGCUAAAGCAAGAGAAAAGCAAAGAUCCUGAAUCUGAGCGAACGAUCCCUCUCACUGCUUAAAAUGAAGACUGUGGUGAUGGUUUUCCUUGUUGCAAGUGUCUGUAUUCAGAGUGCAACCUCAUCCAAACUAAACGUACGCAAAAAGCGAGCCUGGAUUGUGGAUUCCCUGACCAUGGAAGAAGAGCACCCUGGUCCUUUCCCAUAUAAACUGGGAGAUUUAAAUAUUGAGAAGAAAGUUAUCGAAGAGUACUCCAUUCAUGGACAGGGCAUCGACAAAGACCCCAAAGGGAUUCUCUCUGUGGACAGAAACGGAUCAGUUUACGCUCAUGGAAAAGUUGACUAUGAGGAGUACAAGAGACUGAGAAUCACUCUUUCUAAAAAACACACAAUAGUUGCUGUGGUUAUCGAUAUUCUGGAUCUUAAUGACCACGCUCCUGUUUUUAAUCGGGAUGUGUAUGAAAUUGCAGUAGAUGAAGCAACUCAACAAGGUAAGCCUCUGGUCACAGUGCUGGCCACAGACAAUGACCAUCCUGGCACAGCGAACGCUCAGUUUACUCUGAGAAUCGUCUCGGUGUCUCCCUCUCCCUCCAGUGCGCACUUCUUCAUUCAGCAGAGAAAAGGAGAGCAGGCAGGGACCAUAUCUUUCAAGGGAUACCUUGAUUAUGAGGAGGCUCAAAAAUACACGAUUCUGGUUGAAGCAAAGGAUCAUGGGGAAAAGAUGCAGCUCUCCAGCACAAGCACAGUGAUACUGAAUCUCAUCGACAAACACGACCAUCCAUCAGAACUCACUGGGAAAGCAAAAGAUGCUAGUGACUCGUUAGAUUUGAAGAUGAUGAAACAAGUGGGGGUCAUGGAGAGACUGCAGUCUGGACCGAUGCUGGAGGCCAAUAAACUGACCAUGUGUCUGUCUGAGGAGACGGCUGACAUUACAGCUCUCAGCCCGGUCCUGUACAGCCCCCCCUUACACUUCCAGCUGACUGGAGACGUCCAGGGGAAGUGGAGGCUUCAGUCUAACUAUGGUCCAUCUGUGAGACUGAUCAAAGAGAGCUCUGUACGUGCAGGAGAUCAUGAAGUGACCCUGAAGAUCUCUGACAGUCAGGGCCAGCAGUCAGUCCAGACCCUCUCGCUGCGUGUGUGCGACUGUCAGCUUUCUGCAGACUGCAAAGACCCAGCAAAACAGAUGAACGUCUUUGCCGUUGCUAUCAUAAUCCUCAGCAUCCCCGUGCUGCUGGGUAUCCUUUGGAUGGUGUAUUGUCAGAUCAGAGCAAAGAAAUGUGGAAAGCACCAGAUGAAUUCAGUGGAGGAUUCAAAGCUAUUUCUUAGUCCGGACACACACAGCAUUGAAACUUGUUGAACUUGAUUGCUUGAUCCAGUCACAGUUUCUGCUGCGAAUGAUGCACCUUCUUAGACCCAGAGGCUCAGACUAAUGUCUCUGUUAUCCAUGCUUUACUUCAGCUUUACUGGAUGAACUCCUGGAGCCAAAGCUGGAACACAAACGCUGCCAGACUUCAGUCAUGACACUGAAUGUGCGGUGAAUAUAUGAGGGACAUCAGAAACGGAUGCUGAUGAACGCACUAUAUGACAGACUGCUUGCUUUUACACUGUGGAUUAAAAGGAAGGGCUGCUUUGGUUGCUUUAAAUGUAAUUCUGCUUUAUGCGCAUGUUGUAAAUGAAUAUGUAAGUGUCAUAUAAUUAUAUCAGCUCACGCAAAUGUGAAAUCAUUAAU